AUGGUUGGGUUGAGGAUCUAUACGAGAACAAGGGUUAUCGUGCUCUUUGGUAUCGAUGACAUACUCGCUGUUGUGGCUCUGUUGGCAACAACAGGUUGCGGCAUCGCCAUCGCUCUCAUGACCAAUUAUGGUCUUGGUAGACACAUUGUCGUCCUCAAGCCAGCGGAUAUAGUAGAAUACAUGCACAUGUUCUACAUCUCCAUAGUCUUCUACAACAUCGCCCUCCUCGCCAUCAAACUCUCCUUCCUCUGCCAAUACUACCGCAUCAUGGCCGUCCCCCGCAUGCGCAGAAUCUACGCCCUCGCCCUGCUCGUCGUCGGCGCCUGGUCAACCUCCCAAGUCUUCAUCGCCGCCUUCCAAUGCCUCCCCGUCGAGGGGUUCUGGGACAAGUCCGUGGUAUCGCACUGCAUCCCCAACCAGCCGCAGUGGUACGUCAAUGCGGCGGGCAACAUCAUCACCGACGUCGCCGUCUUUGCGCUGCCGCUGCCGAUUUUCUGGCAUCUUAGUCUGCCGAGAAAACAAAAGGCGCUUCUUAUGGGUAUCUUUAGUCUUGGGUUCUUCACCGUCGCCAUCUCCAUCGUCCGCAUCCAAUACCUCAGCACCCCAGCAGACUUCACCUGGACAAACGUAGACGCCUCCCUCUGGUCCAUAGGCGAAAUCUCAUCCGCCGUAACCUGCGCCUGCCUUCCGACCCUCCGGCCCCUCCUGACAAAAAUGUUCCCCGGCCUCAUGAGCAGAGUCAACAUCACCUCCCUCCACAGCAACCAAACCGACACGCGGCCGGGCACGCACGCGGCAGCGACCCGCCCCUACUCGAACCUGCCCAAGAGUUUCCCCCGAGGCGACGCAGAAAAGGGAGGAAGCACCACGGCCUCGGGCGUCUCCAGCGCCCGAUCGAGUCAUCUCAACAACAAGGACGAUGGAGGAUCCUCCGUCACCUACGGCGGCUCGUCGCCGUACCAGCAUCACAUGGGCCACCACGCCAACGAGUCGAGCGAUACAAUUUUCGGACUGGCUAGUGUGCGCGGAGAUUCCAUCACGCCUGUAAAGUCCAACUUUAGUCCCUUGAGUCCUAGGCCGGCAUGGACUGCUUCUACUUCCACAACGUCGUAUCCCGUUCGGAGAGAUGGAACGCCCUUUUGA